AUGACCGGGCUUACUACCAUCGUCACAGGAGCAACCAGUGGAAUUGGGGCUGAAACUACACGUGUUCUUGCUCUGCGCGGUGUCCACGUAGUUAUGGGGAUCGGAAACUUGGCUGCUGCUAAAGAUGUAAAAGAAUCAAUUCUUAAAGAGAUUCCCUUUGCUAAAGUUGAUGCCAUGGAGUUGGAUCUCAGUUCAUUCGAGUCUGUCAAGAAAUUUGCAUCAGAGUUUAAUUCCUCUGGUCUUCCUUUGAACAUCCUCAUAAACAAUGCAGAAAUUAUGGCAUGCCCCUUCAUGCUAUCGAAGGACAACAUUGAGCUGCAAUUUGCCACAAAUCACUUAGGUCACUUUCUAUUGACAAAUCUUUUGUUAGAUACUAUGAAGAAGACAUCGUGUGAAAGUAAGAAAGAAGGAAGAAUUGUUAAUCACUCCUCAGAGGCUCACUGUUUUUCAUAUUCUGAAAGAAUUUGUUUUGACAAAAUUAAUGACGAAUCUAGUUACAACAGCUGGCAUGCAUAUGGGCAAUCAAAGCUAGCCAACAUGUUACAUGCUAAUGAACUCGCAAGAUGUCUCAAGGAAGAUGGAGCUAACAUUACUGCAAAUUUUCUUCAUCCGGGAGCCAUUACCACCAAUCUCUUCUGCCAUACCAGUGUAGUAAAUGGUAACUAUGACAUCACUAUGCAGCAUUAUGCAGAGGAUAUCAUCUUUAUUUAUUCUUCAUAUGUUUUGCUCUUUUCUUUAUGA